AUGAGCGCGGUGAGUCUCGAGGGCUUAGGGCUGCUCGCCCGAGGGGGAAGCGUCUCGUGUCCGCACGUCACCCAGCGGCUGAGGAUGAGGCUGCUGGCAUUGGUGGCCUUGGCGCUACUUGCUGUCACUCAAGCAGAGGAAGGAGCCCGGCUUUUGGCCUCCAAGUCACUGCUGAACAGAUACGCGGUGGAGGGCCGGGACCUGACCUUGCAGUACAACAUCUACAAUGUUGGCUCCAGUGCCGCGUUAGAUGUGGAAUUAUCCGACGACUCCUUCCCGCCGGAGGACUUUGGCAUUGUUUCUGGAAUGCUCAACGUCAAAUGGGACCGGAUUGCCCCUGCUAGCAAUGUGUCCCACACCGUGGUCCUGCGUCCCCUCAAGGCUGGCUAUUUCAACUUCACCUCAGCAACCAUUACUUACCUGGCGCAGGAGGAUGGGCCCGUUGUGAUUGGCUUCACCAGCGCCCCGGGGCAGGGAGGCAUCCUGGCUCAGCGAGAGUUUGACCGAAGAUUCUCGCCCCACUUUCUGGACUGGGCGGCCUUUGGGGUCAUGACCCUUCCCUCCAUCGGCGUCCCCCUGCUCUUGUGGUACUCCAGCAAGCGGAAAUACGACACUCCCAAAGCCAAGAAGAACUGAGUGCGGUGUCCACAGCCCUCCCUUCCCGAGAAAUCCAGGUGCUUUCUAGACUCCAGAGGGUACCUCAGAUGCAGCCCCCGCCCUUAGCCCCUGGCCGCCUCCUGGAUGCCGCCCUGCUGUCAACCAGAGUGAAGGACCAGGCCUAGGAGUCCAGAGAGCCUCCUGGGUUCCCUUCCGAAGCCAUACAAACAGGACUGCCUUCGGCAGCCGCCUGGAGCCUACGGGGCCUUCUGGCGCGCCCGAGGAGCUGUGGGGUGUGCUGCUGGCAGCGUGAUGCUCUCCCAGGGGCGCAGGAGGGGCUCUGAAGACUGCCUGACACCAGCCCGGUCUCCUGCCCUGCCCUCAGAAGAGGGAGAGGGGUAAAACGAAAGCUGUGGGACUCUUGGGGGCUACCCAGUCUCUGCUCUGGGUUAGGGAAGUGCUUACCAAAUGGGGUUUUCUAAUAAAAACAAAUGCCACACC